GGGCGACGGCGGCGCCGGCUGAGAUGGAGUGAGGGGGCGAGCGGCGGAGAGAGUGCAGCCCACCGAGCUCUGGCCCCCUGCCCCCUUUCUCUCUCUCUCUGGCCAGGGCCUAUGCGGCCCCCCAGAGACCAUGGGAUCCAGGAUCAAACAAAAUCCAGAAACUACCUUUGAAGUGUACGCAGAGGUAGCCUAUUCGGGAAUCAGUUGCGUUGGGAAAGAUCCUGAGGUGCGGAGGCAAUUCCCAGAGGGCUACAGUGACCAGGAAGUUCUACAGACUUUGACCAAGUUUUGUUUCCCCUUCUAUGUGGACAGCCAUGCAGUUAACCAAGUUGGGCAGAACUUUACAUUUGUGCUUACAGACAUUGACAGCAAACAGAGGUUUGGAUUCUGUCGCUUAUCUUCUGGGGCCAAGAGCUGCUUCUGUAUCUUAAGUUACCUCCCAUGGUUUGAAGUCUUUUAUAAGCUGCUCAAUAUCUUGGCAGAUUAUUCAGCAAAAGGACAGGACAGUCAAAGGAGUGAGCUCCUAGAAACGUUUCAUAAGCUUACCAUCCCUGAGCCAGGAACCUCUGUUCAUCUUGGAGUGCACUCUUACUUUACUGUGCCUGACACCAGAGAGCUUCCUAGUAUACCUGAAAAUAGAAAUCUGACAGAGUAUUUUGUAGCAGUUGAUGUCAACAACAUGCUGCAUCUCUAUGCCAGUAUGCUGUAUGAACGCCGCAUCCUCAUUUGUUGUAGUAAGCUGAGCACUUUAACUGCCUGCAUUCAUGGGUCUGCCGCUAUGCUCUACCCGAUGUUCUGGCAGCAUGUUUACAUUCCUGUUCUGCCCCCACAUCUAUUGGACUACUGUUGUGCCCCAAUGCCCUACCUCAUUGGAAUACAUUUAAGUUUGAUGGAGAAAGUAAGAAACAUGGCCCUGGAGGAUGUGGUGAUUCUUAAUGUAGACACCAAUACACUGGAAACUCCUUUUGAUGACCUUCAGAGCCUUCCUAACGAUGUGGUUUCUGCACUGAAGAAUAGAUUGAAGAAAGUCUCUACAACCACUGGAGAUGGUGUGGCAAGAGCGUUUCUAAAAGCACAAGCAUCUUUUUUUGGGAGCUACAGAAAUGCCCUAAAAAUUGAACCUGGUGAACCCAUUACGUUUUGUGAAGAAACAUUUGUGUCCCAUCGUUCUGCUGUCAUGAGGCAGUUUCUUCAGAAUGCCAUUCAGCUCCAGCUCUUUAAGCAGUUCAUCGAUGGUCGUCUGGAUCUUCUUAACUCUGGUGAGGGCUUCAGUGAUGUUUUUGAAGAAGAGAUUAAUGUGGGGGAAUAUGCAGGUAGUGACAAAUUGUACCACCAGUGGCUCUCCACAGUAAGGAAAGGAAGUGGAGCCAUUUUAAAUACAGUAAAGACCAAGGCUAACCCUGCCAUGAAGACUGUCUAUAAGUUUGCAAAAGAUCAUGCAAAAAUGGGAAUAAAAGAAGUGAAAAACCGCUUGAAGCAAAAGGACAUUGCUGAGAAUGGGUGUUCUGCAGUGCCUGAGGAGUCUCUACCAAGGACAGCACCUUCUCCAUUGGCUGAAAAGAAGGACCCUAAAUUAAGAGAAGACAGAAGACCAAUCACAGUACAUUUUGGUCAGGUUCGCCCACCAAGACCUCAUGUUGUCAAGAGACCCAAGAGCAACAUUGCUGUGGAAGCACGAAGGACUUCAGUGUCUAGUCCAGAACACCUUGUAAAGCCUAUGCGACACUAUACAGUCUUCCUCUCUGAGGACUCUUCUGAUGAUGAAUUUCAGCAGGAAGAGGAUCCUGUCUCUGGCUUCUCUGAAAACUUUUUCUUCUCUGCUCCUUUUGAAUGGCCUCAGCCGUACCGGGCCCUGAAAGAAUCUGAUAGUGCUGAUGGGGAAGAGGCAGCCAGUCCAGAGAAAUCCAAAGAGCCUCUGCCUCCAAGCCCCCUGCUCUCAAGCAAGGACACAGAAGUCAACCUCCUUGAAGACAUUUUCCCAAACUUAGAAGUACAGCCUCAACCUCUCAGCCAGGCUAAGAGCCUAGAAGACCUGCGGACUCCCAAAGAAGAGGGAGAUCAGCGCUGCACAUUCGAUUACCAGAGAAUUGAUUUUGAUGUGUCUGAGAGGAACAAGAUUGUGCCAACAAUGAAGCUGUCUCACCCUUACAACAAGCUGUGGAGCAUGGGUCAUGAUGACAUGGCUAUUCCUACCAAGUAUUCCCAAAGCUCACCGGAAAGGCCCUUGACUGCACUUGGCAGCAUGUCACCCAUCACAAGGAGACCUCGGAGCAAAGACAGCAUUCUGGCUCCUGCAGAAAAGGAUGAAUCAAAUCCUGUCAUUCAAGGGAACAUCACCAUUCCUCGGCCACAGGGAAGAAAGACUCCUGAACUGGGGAUAGUGCCACCACCACCAGCACCCAGGGCUUCUAAGCACCAGACUCCAGCUGGGCCAACAGAAGUUCUCACUACCCACACUACAGGACGUAGCCAUUUGGUUUCACAUCUUAUCCCAGAGCCCUUUGGAGUUGGUAGUGUGUCCUUAGACCCUGAAAUCCAGCAGUCUGUAAAUUAUUCCUCUCAUCCGUCUCAGCUUUUGUCCAGUGCUACCAGCACAGCUGAGAUGCUACAGCCUGUCAAAGUGAAGACAGAUAUGACAGGUAAUGAAAGUGACUACCUUCUGAAUCUGCUGGACCCACUGAAAACAGCCAGCUGGCAAAGCAGUACCCUACAGCAAGGUGCCCACAGCCUGCAGAGCUCAGCCACUCCACCUUCUGCAGCUGCCUUUGUCUCGGUGGCAAGUGACUUUGUGUCUCCUCCAGCUGCACCGUUUGUCCAGCCUCUUGGUUAUCCUUCCCCAGCACCUCCACCUUUUUUACAGCCAUCCCCUAAUCCAUUUACACAAACAAUGCCAGGAGCCCUGUCAGUGUCUCUAGUUAGACCCCCAAGGGGCAAUUUCACCCCCUCUUUAGGUCAUGCUUAUAGCUCUAGCUUCAUAACACCUAGUUCUAGCUUCUACCCACCACAAAGACCUCAACCAAACAUUUCAACGCUAUCCAUGCCAAACUUGUUUAGUCAGGUUCCAGCUGUGCCACCUGCUAGCUCCUUACUGCUGCAGAGCCACAGCCCUUCUCCAACAAGCUCUUUACAGUCAGUAGCUUUAAGUGGGCCUUCCAAGCCCAGAACAUUACAGGUGGGCCCGUCCAACUCAAAGAUGGAUCCCAAACAAGCACUAGCUCUGUUGUCCACUGAACCCCCUUUGAUCCCUGCCAGGCCAGCUAAGGGCUUAGAGCCAGUGUUACUGUCCUCAAAAUCUGAGGAGACAAAAGAUCCGUUUGAAGAUCUGUUGAAAAAGACAAAGCAGGAUGUGUCAUCCACACCAGGUAAGGUUGAACAGCUCAGAAAGCGAUGGGAAACCUUUGAAUAAUGCUCCAAAAGGCCUUUUGAUGUCACUUUGGAGUCGACAGAGGAGGGGUUUUGUUUUUUUUUCAACCAGCAUAAAACCAAGCAUUUCUUUUCUGGAAGGCUGAGCCAGGAGAGCUGCAGGACCAUUGCCGUGCUGGAAUUCACACACAACUGCUUUUUGCCCAGAGUUCAGAGUCCCCCAUUGUCAUGCUCCCUGCAACUGCUUCCUCACUCUGCCACUGAAACCCCUGGGACUCCUGCACUGACCAAAAUAUGAGGGUAGUUGGGUUGGGUUUGGUUUUCCACACAGAGCUUUCUAGACAAUGCUACUGACACAGAAGUUACUCCUUCCACUUUGUUUUCAGUCCUUUGCACAGCUGAGAGCGUGGCACAUUGCACUGCUGCUUCUUCCUGCCCAUGUGCAGGGUGUGCAGCUUAUCUUGCAUUGCACACAGAGCUGCAAUGCUCUGCUUUCACAGGUGAAGUGCAGCAAGCAAGCCCAGCCUCCUGGGUUGUACCCAGUUAAUCUUAGGCUCUGAGGUUGUCCUGCCUUGAAAUACAGAUCCUGAGGUCAGACUAUUGGCUGAGCUGCUGUUGCAGAUUUCUGAUUUCCCUCCCCCAGCACAGUGGCAGAGAGGCCACAAGGACCUCUCAUGGGGCAGAAUUGUCUUAAUUCCUCAUUGCAACAAAUCCAUAGCACAGAGCAGUGGCUCAGGGUUUGGUCCUGCAUCUCUGUUGGGAAACUGGAAACACCAGCAAUUGUUUUUCUUUUUUGGGGUUUUGUUUAUUUGUUUGGUUUUGUUAAAUGAGAAAAUAGAGGCUAUCAAGAGUAUCCUAGAUCUUAUAUAGGUGUACCUUAGUAUUGUAUAUAGCUAUUCUAAAUGGCAGUAUGGGAUGUAACAGCAUCUGACUUGAUUAUUACGAACAGAGGAAAAAGAGAGAAGAACUGGGGUAUGAAAGUUCAUAGCCCAUGAGCUGAAGUGAAGUUCCAGUUGAGCUGGGCAAGUGCCAGAGGGCAGUGUGCCCAUCACUGAAGGACUUCUGGACUGCUCAUUGCUGCCUGGAAACAACCAGGGUUUCAUCCUGGUCUGCAAAGCUCUUGGCUCCUUCAGCCUCUCUGAUAAGCUACAGUCUUCAUCCCGCUGUUGAUGAGUAGCCUUUAACUGGACAUUAACUGGACCUUGAAAUGGACUUGUGAGGUCAUGGAGUACAAAACCGCAAUGCAAACGCUAAAGGGUACGUUCAUUUGGAUUGUCUGAGAUGUUUCUCUGUGGCAAUUAGUAUUCUCAAGAAAUUUCAUCUCUCUCUUGGCAUCUCUUAGAACCUGCUGUCCUUGCAGUGAGCAGUUUUAGUUUAUUUCAGUGGUGCUUUUUGGUUUUGUUUUGUAUUUGGGCACAAUCUGGUGUUAAACAUGUUACUCUAGCAGAGGAAAUCACAUCACCAUUAAGCCUUUGAUAAAGGAAAUAAUUUUGGACAUGUGGGGAAAUUCUUGUAAAGCUUUAUCUUAUUUCCAAUGUAUCUAUUUUAUUCAUAUAACCUUGGAAGAUUUCUUACUCUAGUGUAUGAAAAUGGCUGUCGAUGCAUUUGAGUCUGUGCAAUACAAAAGAAAAACACUCUUGGUAUCUGCAAUGCCAGCAGUUUGGGAAAGCCCACAGUAUUCUAUUUCUGUAAAGUGCUGUUACCCUGACAGGCCAUUCAGUUGGAUUUGUAACUUCUUUUUGUGUUGGAAAACAGAUGGUUUUAGUACUGCAUAGUAAAAUAUCUAAAGUCUAAGCUAAUAGCUCUAUUUUAUUUUAUACAGCUCAGAAGAUGAACGUUAGCUAUAAAUUCAGUCGGGAAUUUCAGGGCUGUGCUGUGAGCCAGAUGAUGAAAGGCUCUCAGUCAGGGUGGCUGUGUGCAGGCAGCAGGAAGCUGUGUGUGAGACAGCCCAUUGCAGGGGCACAGGCUCUUUUAUACAAUUUCUGCUGCCACACGCUGCUGCUGCCCUGAGGAGGCCUCUUGCACAUGCUGAACCCAGCAGAGAAAUGCUCAGGUAAUGCUGUGUCACUGCAGAGCACUCCCAUCGUUG